AUGCCAGAGAUUGUCCAUCUCCAAGUCGGCCAGUGUGGCAACCAAGUUGGCACUGCGUUUUGGCAGACGAUUCUCGGCGAGCAUGGCUUGGAGAAUAACGGAGUAUAUACUGGCCAAGACCACAUCCAGCUUGAUCGAAUCAACGUCUACUUCAACGAGGCUUCAAACAAGAAAUAUGUUCCCCGCGCCGUGCUUGUCGACCUGGAGCCCGGCACAAUGGAUGCCGUAAAGGCUGGUCCGCUGGGCCAGCUCUUCCGACCCGACAACUUUGUCUUUGGCCAGUCAUCUGCCGCCAACAACUGGGCCAAGGGCCAUUACACCGAAGGCGCAGAACUCGUCGAGGAGGUCAUCGAUGUCGUCCGCCGUGAGGCCGAGAACUGCGACAUUCUGCAAGGCUUCCAAAUCACGCAUUCCCUGGGAGGCGGCACCGGUUCCGGCAUGGGCACCUUGCUCCUGGCAAAGAUUCGCGAAGAAUUUCCCGACCGAAUGAUGGCCACCUUUAGCGUGGUACCGUCCGCUCAGACUUCUGACACCGUCGUGGAGCCUUACAACACAACUCUAUCCGUCCACCAGCUGGUUGAGAACUCGGAUGCCACCUUUUGCAUCGACAACCAGGCUCUUUACGACAUAUGCCUGCGUACCCUCAAGCUGGCCAACCCAUCAACAGGCGACCUGAAUCAUCUCAUCUCGACUGUUAUGUCAGGCGUGUCGACUUCCCUGCGCUUCCCCGGCCAACUCAACUCUGACUUGCGAAAGAUGUGUGUUAACUUGGUCCCUUUCCCCCGUCUUCACUUCUUCAUGGUCGGCUUUGCCCCCUUGACCAGUCGCGGCACCAACGCCUUCCGAUCUGUCACCGUGGCGGAUCUCUCGCAGCAAAUGCUGGACCCUCGCAACAUGAUGGCCAAGUCGGACUUCCGCAACGGCCGUUUCCUGACCUGCUCAGCCAUGUUUCGCGGCAAGAUCUCGGGCAAGGAAGUGGAGGACCAGAUGCGCAAGACGCAGGACAAGAACUCGGCCUACUUUGUCGAAUGGAUCCCCAACAACGUGCAGACGUCCAUGUGCACCGUGCCGCCAAAGGGCCUCAAGAUGGCCUCCACCUUUGUUGGCAACUCUACCGCCAUCCAGGACAUCUUCAAGCGCGUGGGCGACCAGUUCGCCGCCAUGUUCCGUCGCAAGGCAUACCUGCACUGGUACACCGGCGAGGGCAUGGACGAGAUGGAGUUCACCGAGGCCGAGUCCAACAUGAACGACCUGAUUGCCGAGUACCAGCAGUAUCAGGAUGCCACCAUUGACGACGACAACGACGACGCAAAGGAAUACGAGGACGAAGAGCCGGGCGCGCAACCAGCAGAAGGGUGA